AUGCAGGGAGUACUCGGUUCUGUGGCCCCUACCACGCUCAAGUCCUACGCGGCAGCGGUUGAGCGUUUUUGGGGCUUCACGUGGGGGGCGGGGGCCGGGGCGUUGCGGCCCCCCUCUCAGGAGGAGGUGCUGCGAUACCUGGCUCAUCUGCGGGCCAUGGGGCGGGCCCCCCGCUCCAUGCGGCAUGACUUGGCGGCCGUGUCCUUCUUCUGCAAAGCGCUAGGUUUCCCUGACCCAUGCUGCGGUUUCAUCCCUCGCAGGGCUAUAGAGGGCUGGGCCAGGCUGGCCCCCCCCCUUCCAGACAGGAGGCGGCCCAUUUCCCUAUCCAUCCUGCGCCGCAUCUUAAGGGUGCUACCUGACCUUUGCUGGUCCUCCUUCGAGGUGCAGCUAUUCCGCACCGCUUUUUCCUUGGCCUUCUUCGGGGCCCUCAGAGUGAGCGAGCUGGUGGCGGGUUCUCGGGCGGACACGAACGGCAGGGCACUGUCUUUCACAGACGUGGCCUGGUCCCCCCGGCAGGUGCUCAUUACUAUCCGCCAUUCCAAAACAGACCAACGCGGGAAAGGGGCCGCCAUUUGCCUACGGGCAUCCCGGCAGGGGCCGGUGUGCCCAGUGCGGGCGGUGGGGGCCUACUUGCGUGUCCGUCCCUCCCGGCAGGGCCCUUUCCUCAUUCACGGGGAUCUCUCUCCCCUCACCCGCUAUCAGUUCGCGUCCCUCCUGCGGGCCUGCCUGGGGUCGGCGGGGUUCCCCCCCUCCGAGUUCGGCACCCAUUCCUUCCGCAUUGGAGCCGCCACGGAGGCAGCCAACCUCGGGUUGCCGGACAAGGCCAUCAUGGCCGUGGGGCGCUGGCGGUCCCGGGCCUUUCGCUCUUACAUCCGCCCGCAGUGGGCGACCGGGCACUGA